GAACAAUAUUGCACAGAUAUCAAUGAAUGCAUAGAAAACUCUGAUAACUGUAACCAACAGUGCAUAAACACAAUCGGAAGUUAUACCUGUGAUUGCCAUGAUGGAUAUUAUCUUCUUCAUGAAACAGAUUGCUUUGACCUAGAUGAAUGUAAUAUGGUAGAGUCUCCAUGCAGUCAUUAUUGUUCCAAUACACCUGGUAGUUUUUAUUGCAGUUGCCCUGAUGGUUAUGAAUUAUUUAAUGAAACGACAUGCAUAGAUAUUAAUGAGUGUGAAGAUGGAACUUUCUCUUGUUCUGUUGAGCAGGAAUGUAAAAACACUAUUGGUGGAUAUGAAUGCAUAAAUGUUUGUUCAGAAGGAUUUUCAAGAGCAACCAAUGGUUCUUGCAUAGAUAUUGACGAAUGCCACAAUGGAUUAUCCAGUUGUCACUCUACUCAAAUAUGUAUAAAUACUUAUGGAAGUUAUCAUUGUUCAUGCCACAGGGGUUAUUUCUCAUUCGGACCUGGAAGACCCUGUCAAGGAAUCGAAUAUUUGGAUAAUGUCGGCAGGGAAAGGCAAAGUAAUUAUCUCCCAUUCCAAAGAAAUUAUUCAGCAGAAUUGCUAUCACGUUCGGAAACACGUAUUAAUCAUCCUGCUAGCGUUCAGUGUUUGCCAGGUUUUUACAGAAAGAAUGGAGAAUGUUUAGAUAUUGAUGAAUGUGAAGACAAAGCAAAGUGUCAACAUCAAUGUGAAAACACAAUUGGUAGCUAUCGUUGCAUAUGUCCAAUUGGAUACCGUCUAACAAAAUCUGGCAAGACUUGUGAAGAUAUUAAUGAAUGUUUAGAACUUAAUAUUGAAUGUGGAUCUGAUAAAACUUGUUUUAAUACAAGAGGAUCUUAUGACUGUGUUGAAACUCCAUGCCCACCUAAGUACGAAAAAGAUCCAUUAACUGGGUACUGCAAAUUAGAAUGUGAUAAAGAUAGCAAAGUGUGCCCUCCAAAUGUACGAUAUUCUGAAAUAUUAGCAUUUAAAAUGGUGGCCCUUCCCAGUGGAAUUCAAGCUUAUCAAGAUUUAGUGAGACUUAUAGCUUAUGAUCAAGAUGGAGUUCAGCUUAAGAACACUGUAUUCUCUAUUAUAGAAAAUAAAACUGGUGUGCCUUUUAGAAUACGCUUAGAAGAAGGAAAAGGUGUGCUCUAUACCCAAAGAAGUAUGCCUUCAAACGAAGAGUAUCAAAUUAAAGUUCAAGCUGUUUCAUAUGAUACUGAAAGCCACGUUAUACUUUAUACAACGAAAUUUUUAGUUUUUGUAUCUGUAUCUUUGUAUCCUUAUUGAAAAUAUUAAUGAUUUUUCUCUAAGCUUUUCAUCAUUGUAGAAUUCAUAUUCUAUCAUUUCAGUCUUUUGUCUUUCUCUAUGAAUUUUUUGUUGUAUUUGUCAUGUUUGUAUAUAAUGCAUGCUUUGAAAAUGUUCUUUGAUUAUUUCGGUUUGCUUCCAAUGAGUUUAGUUUUACUUCAAAUAAUUGAAAGCAGAUUUUUUACAAGACUGAAUGAAAACUAGAAUUUUUUUUUUUUAACUUUUUGUGUUAACUAUGAUGUAAAAUUUGUACAACUGUCAUUAAUAAGCCAUGCAGUUGCACAAAUUAAUUAUUGCUUCUGUUUAAGAAACAUUUUUACAAAAGUAAAAGCAACAUAAAAUUAUCUUCCUAAAAUUCAUGUUUAUUUUGCUGGCAUCAUUUGUGAUUUGCAAACUUCUAACGUUUUAAAUAAACUUAAGAAAUU